GAAAGGGACGAAGUCAAGGCUUUUUUUCAAUCUAUCAUAAUCAUCUUCUUCAACAAGCUAUUGCUGAUCAGCUAAAAGAAAAACAUCCAGAUGUAAUCGUUGUCUACGGUGACUACUACAAUGCAUUCCUGUGGCUUUUGAGCAAAGCUGAUCUGCUUGCUUGCUGCGGAAUUGGGGGAGACUACAAUUCUGGCUUAUCAAGUUGGUGCGGAGAUCCAAAAGUACCGGUAUGCGAAAACCCUAAUGAACAGCUUAGUUGGGAUGGAACUCAUUUGACACAAAGAGCAUAUGAGGUAAUGGCAACAUGGCUUGUACGUGGCAUCUAUCCGAAACUUCAAUGUGAAUACAUUGUUUCAUAUAGUUCUGCUGUCUAGUUCCUGUAGGAACUUGUGGGGCUGUUUAUGUUUCGAACUUUCUGUCAUCGACACACUCAACUUUCGGUCGGUCACGAUUUGAUUUUGUUCUGUUUCCUCUCUUCUGUCCUUGUAUCAUUAUUUUCUACAAUUCAAAGUAUAACCUAAAAUUUUCCAUUCCCAUUGUAGCUUCGUUUGCUUGUUUCUUGGGGUUUGGUAUAGGAUGCUAUCGCUUUAUUGUUCCUAUUUUUGGUGCUUUACCCUAUUUUAAUUUUCAUUAUAAAGCCAAACAUGCUUCAUUGAAUUUGUCUUCACUUUAGUUCAAGUUUAUUGCUUUCCAAAUUCCAACAAAAAAAAAAAACCGUCUAAAACAUCAAGUUUGGCCAAUUCCCAUCCUGUCUCGACUUCUAAAAAAUGGGUAGCUAUGAUGAAGCUGAUUCGGGGAGCAUUGGUGUCAUCAAUGAUUAUGAAGAUUCUAAACCAGCAACUCCUCCUAUGGAAGAACCUAAGGUGGUGGGAGCAGCAGCAGCUCAAGCCCCAAUUAUUUCAUCAUACAAUGACAAAAUCCGACCUUUGCUUGAUGUCAUCGACAGGCUCAGGCUGCUCAUGGUGAUGAAAGAAGGCAUACAGCUCCCCACAAUUGUUGUGGUUGGAGACCAGUCAUCAGGCAAGUCUAGUGUUCUUGAAUCCUUGGCUGGUGUUAACCUUCCUCGUAGCCAGGGCAUUUGCACCAGGGUACCUCUCAUAAUCAGGUUGCAGAACCAUGCAAGUCCAAGGCCAGAGCUCUACUUGGAGUACAAUGGCAAAAUGGUCCCAGUGGAGGAACCCCAGAUUGCAACAGCCAUAAACAUUGCAACGGAUGAGGUUGCAGGCCCGGGUAAGAGCAUAUCUGACAUCCCUUUGACUUUGGUGGUGAGAAAAGAUGGGGUUCCUGAUCUUACCAUGGUUGAUCUUCCUGGAAUUACCAGAGUUCCUGUCCAUGGUCAGCCUGACAACAUAUAUGAGCAGAUCCGGGACAUCAUCAUGCAGUACAUAACACCAAAGGAAAGCAUUAUCCUUAAUGUUCUGUCGGCUACGGUUGAUUUUUCAACUUGUGAAUCCAUUAGGAUGUCGCAACAAGUGGACAAGAAUGGUGAGAGAACUCUUGCUGUGGUUACUAAAGUAGAUAGGGCCCCCGAAGGGCUUGUUGACAAGGUUACUGCAGAUGAUGUGAAUAUAGGACUUGGUUAUGUUUGUGUUCGGAAUCGGAUUGGUGAUGAAUCCUAUGAAGAAGCAAGGAAGGAAGAGGCUAGAUUGUUCGAAACUAAUGCACAUUUGUCAUGUAUUGAUAAAUCAAUUGUGGGUGUUCAUGUUUUGGCUCAAAAGCUUGUCCGAAUUCAAGCUAAUGCAAUUGCAAAGUGCUUGCCAGAGAUUGUUAAAAACAUUAGUGCAAAGCUGGAUGCAAAUGUUUCAGAGCUAGAGAAAAUGCCAAAGGCCUUAACUUCUAUUGCUGAUGCCACUCAAGCUAUGAUGAGGAUCAUUCAAGCAGCUAAAGAAUCCCUGAAGAAACUUCUUUGGAGGGGGGAAUUUGAUGAAUACCCCGAGGACAACACGAAGCACGGGACUGCUCGGUUUGUUGAAAUGCUGAACCGGUUCUCCGAUGAGCUUCACAACUGCGAGGAAAGUAAUCUAUCAAAAGACUUUUUAACAGAAGAGAUCAAGGGUUUGGAAGAUGCUAGGGGGAUCGAACUACCGAACUUCCUUCCCUGUGAAGCAUUCCUUCGUAUCUUAAGGAGAAAAGUCGAGAGGAUAUCGUAUCUCCCUAUCAAACUCAGCGAAAAGUAUUGGGAUUACAUAGACGAUGUGGUGAUGUCUGUUUUGACGCGCCACUCGGAAAUGUAUUAUCACCUCAAGGUAUCCGCGAAAGGAGCUGCUCACAACCUUGUUCAAAAGCUGAGGGAGCAAUCAAUCAAUAGGGUGAAAGAGAUUGUAGAAAUGGAGAAGCUAACAGGCUAUACAUGUAACCCUGAUUACAUGAUGGAGUGGAAUAAGCUCAUGAAGCAACAAGACCAUUUCAUAAACCAAAUAUCUGGAACAAACAUGCGGCCGCUGCCUUGCAGUGUGGAUCUCCAAGGUUUAGGGGAAAUCCAAAUCGAACAUCUUAGAAAACACUCGGAUGUUUCGAUCCUGCAACAAGCUUUCGACCUGAAGAUGAGAAUGGUUGCUUAUUGGAAGAUAUUUAAGGUGAGAUUGGUUGAUUCCAUGGCAUUGCAUUUACGAUACCAUGUUCAUAAUCUUGUACACCAUGACAUUGAUGAGAUUGUGAAGGAGCUGAUGGGACCAGAUGGACAUGGGAUAAAGAUGAUGCUGGUGGAAUCUCCUGCCAUUGUUGCAAAGCGUGAGAAGCUUAAAAACAGCAUCAAGGUGUUAAAGGAGUCCAAAGAUAGUGUGGCCAAGAUCAUGGAUAGGAUUGUUGCUUAUGAUGCUUGCUUGGUUUAAUAUUUUCACAUAAAAUUUGGGUCAUCAUCAUGGUUUGCUUAUUGCAUGUUUUAAGUGUCUGUGUUCUAUAUAUAUAGUAUAGAUUAUUAAGAAUUGAAGAUUAUAUAACAAGGUCACAACUACUGUGGACGGCAAAUUGGGGGGCUGGGGGUUAGUUUUCUACUUUGUUUUUUUUUUUUUUUUUGUGUGUUA